GGCAGGAUUUCUUAGGGAGGGGCAAGUAAGCUGAGACAGAGAGAAAAAGAGCUGAAAAGUUCAAGCUAGUUUUCAUUUCCUUUCUUACACUUUAAAACUGGAAGCGAGUACUGAUUAUUGCGUUUGGUUUCAGCUGUAGGAUUGAUUUGUGUCCGUCUACUGGACCAGUUGAGCAGCAGGCAUGAACUGGUCAGGACUGGAGAGCCUGUUGAGUGGAGUCAAUAAAUACUCAACUGCAUUUGGGAGGAUUUGGCUGUCCAUGGUGUUUGUUUUCCGUGUCAUGGUUUUUGUGGUGGCAGCACAGAGAGUUUGGGGUGACGAGAACAAGGACUUUGUGUGUAAUACGCGCCAGCCUGGCUGUACCAAUAUCUGCUAUGACCACAUCUUCCCCAUCUCCCACAUUCGUCUGUGGGCACUGCAGCUGAUUUUUGUUACCUGCCCAUCACUGAUGGUGAUGGCUCAUGUUAAAUACCGUGAAGGAAAGGACAAAAAAUAUGUGGAACUGCACCAUGGCUCCCACCUGUAUGUCAACCCUGGAAAGAAGAGAGGGGGGCUAUGGUGGACCUAUCUGCUUAGUUUAGUCUUCAAAGCUGGAUUUGACACAUCGUUUCUUUACAUUCUUUACCGAAUAUACCAUGGAUAUGACUUGCCCAGGUUAUCCAAGUGUUCACUUGACCCAUGCCCCAACACUGUUGAUUGCUUCAUCAGUCGUCCAACAGAGAAAAAGAUCUUCAUGCUGUUUAUGGUUGUAUCCAGUGCAUUGUGCAUCUUCAUGUGCAUCUGUGAGAUGAUAUAUCUCAUAGGCAAGCGAAUCACCAAAUUAAUGAGGGUCCGCCAGGAAAAUGAAAGGCUCCUGUUUGCUGAACAGCAUGAACUUGCCAUUAUGGCCCCACCCAGAACCCAAUAUCGAAAGACUGACCCAACAGCUGAGAGCCAGAUGAGCUUGAACAGGAGGGAAAAGGUCAGAGAAGCUGGUGUUACUACAACGCUGUAGGACUCAGCGGUCACUUAAGGUUUUUUUUCAUAACAGAUGGCCACAUGACAGGAACAUGUUACCUAAAAAAGUCAUGAAAUCAAGAGACUGUUUAAAGGUCAUUCCUGUAAACCAAUCUUUUGAUCCAGCUGAACCAUUCAUGACUCUCCAUUGGGAGGAUCUCCAACACUAACUGGCUGUAUAUUGUAUUAGACACUAUUUGAAGAAGAGGACUACAAGUAUUAAUAGUUUUCAUAUUAAUUUUCUUUCUUUGUAACAUGAUCUAAUCAACGUAUGCCUAUUGAGAGACACUCAGGAUUGUGGAUAUACAGUUUUGACUAUAUUUGAUUGUUUAUAAUAUGUCAACAUCAAUAUUUUAUGUUCAUUAAAUGCAAAACCAUAGUGUCUAUGUUGUACAUUACAGCCGUUGGUUUCAACAACACAAUUAAUAGUUAUAUUGAGUGUGUGGCUGACAAAAAAAAAGCCUCUGCCGCUUUAAAUUUUUCCCCAAAAAAGGGAACAAACUUGGAAACUCAGAAACCCACCUGUGUGCUGUCAUUGACUUUUGGGAAACACACCAGCUUUUCGCCCAGAAACGUCCCAUGUCAACCAAAACAUGAAAAUCCAGGCAAAGGACAUGGGUAUCUGUAGAAACCAUCACACAUGUAUAGAGGACCAUAAGUGAUGAUUUCAGAAACACAUAAAGGCAUUUGGGGGUGUUGCCAUCCGCGGCAUUUUGUAGGAGUCGCAAACAAAUAGAAUACCAGCAUUAAGUAUGCUAGGCGGAACUGGAUCGGACAAAACAUUUUAUGUAUGAUAAAGUGUUGUAGUGCAGUGAGGAAAUAGAAACGUCACAGAACAUGAGAUCAUUGUAUUGUUAUUGUAUUAUUAUGUUAUGGUAUUGUUCCUCAAUUGCAUCCGUUCCUGCUUUAAGUGAGUUUUGUUAUUACUGAGUUCUUUAUUAAUUACAAAGUAAUCUAUUGCUCUCUCUCUCUCUCUCUCUCUCUCUCUCUCUCUCUGUGUGGUUGGUGAUGAAGAGGGUGUGGGUUUUUUUUUUAUUGUGUGAAACACCUUGUGUUUUUAUUUAUCUUUGCUUAUAAUUUGAAGUCUGAUUGAAUGUUUGUAUUUUCACAUGUUUCUUUUUGUUUUCUUUAUCUAUGUUAUCAGGUUUGCUCUGGCUAGUCAAGUGGAAAAACAUGAAAUGUUUCAUAAACAUGAUUGUCCACUGGAGAAAGUGAAAACCUCUACUACAUCCCCUAAAAGGCAUUGCCGUUUUAAGCAGCCUAGGUUGUUGCCACACCCACACUUUAACUGAACGUUAAGGUGUGUAAUUUAAAAUGUAAUUUUAUUCCCCACACUUUUUAGCAAGGGAGUCAUUGAUGAAAACCUAUUGGUCAAGUCAGAUUUAUUGAGUGGCAAUUCAGCCAAUCAUAGCUGUUCGACCAACCCACCAGGCCAGAGAAGAGUUAAAAGACAUGCAUUCAGAAAACAAUACUGUUUCUCAUCACUGGCUGAGUUAGAGAUAUAAAAAUGGAUGGAGCAUCUCUCUGAAAGAUGGUUAGUCACUUAAACUGAUGUUUUUAGAUGUAUUCCACUUCACAAAACAACAUACGAUUUGUAGAUGUCUAAAACAUUAAACAUUUUGACCUGUUGGUCGUUCUUUCA